AUUGACGCUAAUGUGUACAAGAGAUGGAAGGUGAAUCGAUCAAUGGGCAGCUAAGAUACUGGCUGUACCCCACCUCGCGGGGCAAAGGGUUCUUAAAUACAAAAAAGAUUUAACCCCUCCAAAAUUCAGCCAGCAGCUCAGAAUAACAACAACUUGACGAGGGUUUCCUACCACUCCCAUUGCGGUGCCAGAAUUGCUCGCUACUUAGCCUCCUCACCCUAGGGACCUCUUCGCACCCUUAAACAUGCUCGACGUCCUCGAUUUCAUCGCCGAGCGGGGCGGCAAUCCCGAGAAGAUCCGCGAGUCUCAGCGCCGCAGAUACGCCAAGGUCGAAGUUGUCGACGAGGUCAUCGAGAUGUUCGAGGACCACCGCAGAACCCAGUAUGCCGCAACGCAAAUGAAUAGCAAGAUCAACGAAGUGAAUAAGCAGAUAGGCGCCAAGAAGAAGGCCAAAGAAGACGCCGACGAGCUUCUCCAGCAAAGAGCCAGUCUCGACAAGGAGAAGAAGGAUCUGCUCGACUCGGCCGCCCAGAAAGACGUCGCGCUCAAGGCCAAGAUCAAGACCAUCGGCAACAUCGUCCACGACUCGGUCCCCGUCAGCGACGACGAAGACAACAACGCGAUCCAGCGCACGUGGGCGCCCGAAGGCGUCAAGGUCGAGAAGAAGAAUGUGCUCUCGCACCACGAGGUCCUGCUGCGGCUCGACGGCUACGAUCCAGAUCGCGGGGUCAAGGUUGUCGGCCACAGAGGCUAUUUCCUGCGGCAGUGGGGCGUGUUUCUCAACCAGGCGCUGAUCAACUACGGGCUGGAAUACCUGACGGACAAGGGCUUCACCCCGCUGCAGACGCCUCAGUUCAUGCUCAAGGACUAUAUGGGCAAGACGGCCCAGCUGGAGCAGUUCGACGAGGAGCUAUACAAGGUCGUCGACGGCGACCCGCAGAAUGACAAGUACCUCAUCGCCACCUCGGAGCAGCCCAUCUCGGCCUUCCAUGCCGACGAGUGGAUCAUAGCCAAGGAGCUCCCGAUCCGAUACGCCGGGUUCAGCACGUGCUACCGGCGGGAGGCCGGUUCCCACGGUCGCGACGCCUGGGGCAUCUUCCGCGUCCACCAGUUCGAGAAGGUGGAGCAGUUCGUACUCACGGAUCCCGAGAAGUCGUGGGAGAUGUUCGACGAGAUGAUCGCCACCUCGGAGGGGUUCUACCAGUCCCUAGGACUCCCGUACCAGGUCGUAGCUAUCGUCUCGGGGGCGCUGAACAACGCGGCGGCGAAGAAAUUCGACCUGGAGGCGUGGUUCCCCUUCCAGGGAGAGUAUAAGGAGCUCGUGUCGUGCUCCAACUGCACCGACUACCAAUCUCGCGCGCUAGAGAUCCGGUUCGGCACCAAGACGCAGACGGACGCCAAGAAGAAAUACGUGCACUGCCUCAACUCGACGCUGUGCGCGACGGAGAGAGCGUUAUGUUGCAUCCUCGAGAACUACCAGACGGAGGACGGCCUCCGCGUUCCCGAGCCGCUGCGCAAGUAUCUCCCGGGCGCACCGGAGUUCAUCCCGUUUACGAGAGAACUGCCCAAGGACACAACUUCGCAGAAGGUCAAGGCGAAGGCAGAGAAGGCGGCGAAGCCGAAGGCAGCGGGCGUGGCGGAGACUGGAGAGAAGCUUAAGGACCUGGCCGUAUAAGCAGGAGGAGAUCCGGAUGCCUACAGUCGCGCACUCGGCCCCCCCCCCCGAGAAGGC